AUGUCGGCUAUUGGAGUUAUGUCCAACUCCCUGUCACAGACAUUUGCACAAGCCUUGAUUCAGGCACAGAGAUCGGCUCAGCCGAGUACUACCCAGGCAUUGCCAUUAACGACUCCUGUGCAGCCUCAUUCUGGCCGCAAAGCCCUUGCUAAAGUUAAGCACUUCUCAAUGUCAAAGAUGGACAGCAUUACACCCGUCACAGAUGGCAUGACUAUUUUGCCACCGUGCAAAAGAGCCACUAUCCAGGCAAAAUCGUCUAGAUUAUGGAAAAGGGCGUAUGCCCAAUUAGAUUCUGAGUCAGAUCUCAGCAAUAUUGAGGAGGAGUCCUAUAUAGAAGAUUCAGGUGAUCCAUCGGAUCCUGGUUCUAACUUUGAAGUCGAGGAAUCUUACCCUUUCCAGGACACUAUUCUAGUGAAACCUGCUAAAACUGAUUUGGAGCAUGGAGCUUCAGGGGACACAGGUAAGAUUUUAGAUCCCCAUGGUGAACCCCUAUUCGACCCCGAUGAGCUGUGCCAUCCACGGUCAGCAGAAUGGUCUCCCUCAGACCACGUAGCCAGAUACAUAGCGUCAUCAAUGCGCAAGCCUUUGGAUAAGGUGACCAGAAACAAAUUGAGGGCAGAACGGUCCCAGAGGACGCUUGCAGAACACUUACAGUUGAUCCAAAAAUAAUACAGUUUCUGGGAAAGACGGGCUGAAAACCCAAUAAGGGUCUAGAUUUCUCUUUACGGAACUGCCAGAAUAAGGUCCUGGAUAUUUUGGGCCCGGCAGCCAAAAUUUUAGAAGUGGUUGAAGACAACCAAGAAUUAGUUCGUGCCACCAUAUGUGGUUGGAUUCAAAGAGUAAUUUGCCUAAUUGGCAAUGCUAAUACAGCGAUGGCCACAGAGCGUUGCAAAUCUAUACUUUUAAAAAUUGAACCCAAAUUGGUCCAUAUGGCUCUUAACGAGCCGGGCGCGCAAGCCAAUGGUCUCCUAUUUGGAGAAAAUUUUGUCAAAGAACUCACUUCUUUCAUACACACAUUCCCUGCCUUAGAUAAAGCACAAUCAAAUAUUCACAAAGUAGUAAACCCCAGGGUUUUUGGUGGGGCGAGAAGAGCCAGGAGCCAUCUGUCUGGUCGUGUUACCAGAAGUUUGUUUAGGCAGAACCGAGCUUUCUAUAAAGGGCGGGACAGUUUCCUGGAACACUGUAAUUCACCUGACUUCUUUCAACAACGUGGUCGACCCUGGAUUGACCGUGAACCACGAGGCGCCCAUUAA